CAAUCCCUUUUUAGAUUAUAAGAGCAUGAAGCCCGGCGAAGAGCUUAAGGAGGUCAUUGAAACUGCUAUAAGAGACUGUAAGGUUGGGGUGGCCAUCUUCUCUCCAAAUUAUUGCACUUCUCACAACUGCCUCCAUGAAUUGGCUCUGAUGAUGGAAUGCGAGAAGAAAAUCAUUCCCAUUUUCUAUGAUAUCAAGACCUCUGACCUUGUGCUUGUGGACAAUGGAAGAUUUCCGGCCAAGCAGCUUCAUAGGUUUGGAUUGGCACUUGAACUGGCCAAGGGCAGGAUGGGCAUCUCGUUUGAUUCGUCCAAAGGGGAUUGGUCCGAUCUGAUCAAAAGAGUUUCGGAUAGGGUGGUGGAAAUCUUGAUGGAAUUGGAAGCGGUAGGAGGAAAAAGUUACCAGCAUCAUGAGUAGAAACAGACCCUUCUGGUAUUAAAAUUUUGAUUUUGAUUGUGUUAUAGAGAGGGAUCCCUGUGCUUACUGAAGAAAAAGAAAUUGAUGAGAAAGGAGAUAAGAGAGAUAUUGUUAUGUAAU